CUGGACAGUUGACUGACUCAUAUUAGCAAAAUUUUAACAGCUGUAGGGGAAGACUGGUAUAAAGCGUUUUAGUGAACACGUUAAAAAGAACCGAUUUCAUGAUUCGCCUCUGGCUGCAUUUGUUCUUUGUGCUCACGUGGCUCGGUUUCUGGGAGCCUGCCGAGGCACGAAGAGCACGGUUUAAACCAACACCACCGAAGACAAAGAAAUCCGAGGCAGAAAAGACGAUUGAAAAACUAGCUCCAGGUCAGAACAUCAACAUUGAUCAGAUGAGUGGGAAGUGGUACCUGCUUACUGUGGCAUCACGGUGUAAGAAUCUUCUGGAGAGCGGCAAGGUGGAGAGCACCAUUGUCACUAGGACUGUCACUGGUGAAAAGGUGUCAGUGAGCACUGUGAGAAAACUCAAUUUUGAGUGCUGGGAAAUCAAGCAGAACUACAUGGAAACAAAGACCCCUGGCCAACUGUUUCUCCAAGGUAAGAGACCUGCUGAGAAUGUGGACAUAAUGGUGCUGGAGACGGACUCUUAUGCUACGGUGGUUUUUAAGAGAGCAGGGGAAAUUACCAUGAAACUAUAUGGACGGUCCAGUGAAGUGCCUGAUAAUAUAUUGGAAAAAAUUUGAGGAUCGUGCAAAGACAUUUAAUUUGGGAUUGGACGUCAUUUUCCAGAAUCCUGACUACGGGUUCUGCGAGUCCACAGAAAAGGUCCUGGAUCUGACCUAAGACUGACUGGCCAGCAUCUUGUGAGCACUGUGAGAAAGCAUUGUGCUAAGAAUUUCACCAAUAAAUUUUUUUGUGUGUUAACUUUACAUUUUCUAGUUUGAUCAUGAACAAUAGCAUUCAAUAUAAUAGGAACCAAUAGAUAUUGAGGAAAGCGCAUCCCUCUAAUCUUUAAUUUAUUUGGGUUACAUCCUUGCUAAUAAGUAUCGAAAGUGGUGAUUUUGCUCAAGCCAUUCUAGAUGUAACAGAAGAGUACUUAUACAACAAGGCAAAGGCAUCUUGAUGAGGUUAGUGUGGUUUGUGAUGUAACUCUCAAAACAAGACUCUGCCUGCCCGCCCUUUCAGAGUUACACAACACAAGGGGUAAACAUGUUACAUAUCCAACAUUCCAAAAAAUAUCCUACGGUAAUCAUUUUCAUAUGGAAAAACAUCUAACACAGAAAUGAACUAGUUUUAACACAAAAUUGCUUUUUGCAGCAACUGUCACAAUCACCCGGCUGGACAAGAGCUUGAUUUGGAUAAAAUGCAUUUUGAUAUUUUGCAUUGCAUUUUAUUACAAGCACUUUUGGACUUAACAUCAUCUCCAGUCUACACUACCAUUCAAAAG